AUGACGAUAGCUACAGAUAGAAACAACUUGGCAGAAAAAGUUAUAGAAAAAGAUUCUACAGUAUCAAAUAUUGAUUGGCGAGAUCCUGCUAAGUGGCCGAAUAACAUCAGCGACAGUUCACGCGUAGCAUUGGUAAAGCUAGGGCCUACAAAAAUAGAUCGGAAUACAAUUUUUCCUUUUGAUACAGAUCGCCGGCGCUUCACCAUAGAAAAUUGUUAUCUAACCCUGAAGAAUGGCGAAAAAAUGGAGAGAUCCUGGUUAAUUUAUUCGGAGACUAAGGAUUCCGUUUAUUGUUUUUGCUGCAAAUUGUUUGGCCUCCGCAACAUUCCAACCCAAUUGCAAUCGACCGGAUUUAGAUCCUGGCGGCACUUGCAAGACAGUUUGAGCUCGCAUGAAAAAUCCAAAAUGCACAUUGAAUGCAUGACAGACUGGAAAGAACUCAAAGUCCGUUUAGAUUGUAGAAAAACCAUCGAUGAUGAGAAUCAAAAUUUAAUCCAAAGAGAGGAAACCUAUUGGAAACAAGUACUUGAAAGACUCGUUGAAAUAAUUAAGCAUUUAGCUAAGCGGAAUAUGGCAUUUCGAGGUACUGUCGAUCGAUUAUACGAGCCGAAUAACGGUAAUUUCUUGAGCCAAGUUGAACUGAUGGCGAAAUUCGAUCCUAUUUUAAGCGAACAUGUACGUCGAGUUCAAAGUGGGGACCUACAGCGCGUUCACUAUUUGGGAAAGGAAACUCAGAACGAAUUCAUUGACAUACUGGGUAAUGCAAUUUUCAAAGAAAUUAGCAGGCGAGUGGUAGUCGCGAAAUAUUACUCCAUAAUUUUAGACUGCACCUCCGAUAUUAGUCAUGAAGAACAAAUGAUUGCCGUUGUUCGAUUUGUCACUGUGUCUAAAAACACCGUGGAAAUUUGCGAGUAUUUCAUUGGCUUCGUUGUUGUAGACGAUACAACUGGUAAGGGAUUGUAUGAAACGUUGUUAGAUAUCUUGAAAUCAAACAAUCUUGAAUUGAAUAACUGUCGGGGUCAAGGGUACGACAAUAGCAGUAAUAUGAAAGGUAAAAAUAGUGGUGUUCAGGCCAGAAUUUUGAAGGAUAAUAAAAGAGCGUUUUUCCUUUCCUGCAGUUGUCACAACCUCAACCUAGUAGUUUCAGAUGCCGGACAUUCGUCCGUCACAGCUGAACUAUUCUUUGGUGUUCUUCAAAGGCUAUUCGCAGUCUUCGCUGCUUCAACCCAGAGGUGGCAAAUAUCGAAGGAGCACGUUAAUAUCAGUGUGAAAUCAUUGCCUGAAACUCGCUGGGAAGGGAAAAUAAAUGCUGUAAAAGCUGUGAGGUUCCAAAUAGCAGAAAUCAGAGAUGCGUUGCAGGAACUUUGUCGAAUGUCGCAAGGUAAAGAUGCAAAGCUGAGAUCGGAACUGAGAGGCCUAUGUUUCGAAAUUGAGUCAUUGUCUUUUCUGAUUAGAUUGGUAGUAUGGUAUGAUGUACUGCAAGUGAUCAACAAAAUCAGUAAAGCUUUACAAUGUCCGAAAGUUGAUUUGCAUACUGCGAUGAACAUGAUUGAUGGUGCUCUUCGUCAAUUAUAA